GCCCGUAAGGUCUGCCGGUGACGGGCCCGACACCGUCAAAACGGCCGAAACUGACGGAGCGACGGCCGUCAGGUCGACGGUCAUGUGUGAACCGGCAGUGUUUGACGGCCGGCAACAGCUGACUGCGCCGGCGCCGGACCUGACGGCCGUCGCUUUGGAAAGUUCAGCAAUGUUCAACUUUUGACGGUGACGGGCCCGUCGGUUUGAAUGUCUGCGUGUUGGAGGAAGAGGAAAAGUAACAGAAAAAUGGCUAGAACAGAAGAAGACCAGUUUGAUUUCCUGUUCAAGGUGGUUUUGAUUGGUGAUUGUGGGGUAGGAAAGACUUGUGUUGUGACAAGGUUCAAGUCAGGUAACUUUGUUGAAAGGCACUCAAGUACUAUUGGAGUAGAUUUUUCCAUGAAGACAAUUAUGGUGGAUGGCAAAAAAGUCAAGCUCCAAAUCUGGGAUACUGCUGGGCAGGAGAGGUUCAGAACUAUCACACAAAGCUAUUACAGGUCUGCACAUGGAGUCAUCAUAGUGUACGACGUGACGAAGCGGUCGUCGUUCACUAGCGUGCGCCGCUGGAUGGACGAGGUACGGCGCUACACCACUCCGAACGUGGCCGUCGUGCUGAUCGGAAACAAGUGCGACAUGGCCGACCACGAGAUCAAGCCGGAGGAGACGGACGCGCUGAUGGACAGCUACCCGGAGAUCUUCGCCUUCAUCGAGACGUCGGCCAAGGAGAACCACAAGGUGGAGGAGCCGUUCCUGCGGCUCGCCAAGGUCCUUGUGAGUCAGACACACCUGAGCACCGAGCCACUGUCGUCUGCCUCCGACCCGAUCCGGAUCGACGCCGGCCGGCCGGUCGGUGGCGGCGGCUGCUGUUCGCGGUGAGCCCACCCGCCGGCCGGUCCGCCGCUGCCUGACACGGCUGCCGCUAUCACCAGCACCCUGCGACUCCGCACCGAUCGCUGUUACUGGUCUUCAGCCGCCGACUGGGUGAGUUACACCGACCCAACGGUAUGAAAUGCCUGCCCCUUGUGUGCAGUGAGGUCGACGGUGUAAACACAGCAAGCGAGCUAGCUGUGGUUGAUACUAGCGCGGGGAUGAGAUCGGGGCCCCCGAAUAUGGUGCCUGUACUCAGCGGCAGUCUCGGGUACUUUGUGUCCAGUUCGGUAGAGCUGGAGCACUGGAGCGGUCGCCGUGUACAGCGGAGCCGAGUGGGAAGUACCGCAGUGUGCCGGGCGGUGAUGGAUUCCGGCGGCGUGAUGAAGCUGACAGCGGGUUCAGUGACAGACCUCCCCCUACUGAUGACGCUCUGCCAGAAGGGACACCGAGCGGCCGCAGUCCCCUCGCGAUAUUUUUCUACGGCCUGGUCGGCCCUGCCGGAGCACUUAGUCGGCUGAAUGGAGGUGGUCCGGCUGAGCGCGAGUGAUAGGUGUGCUUUAAUGCGGCGCCGACCUGUGUUUGUCUGUGAUCGGGAAACCGCAGGUAUAGUGCGGAAUGGAUCAAAGCACUGCAGGUAAAGUGCGGAGUGAGAGCUGAUCUCGGCAUGGCCACGGAACUUAGCAGGCUGUUGGCUGAUCCCACCCGUUACUGGGCAGUUUGGGCAGGCAGAGCUGCUUGAAUUUAAAAAAGAAUCGAACCUUUACCCUUUGGCAGUCACAAAAUUGUUCACAGGCAUCUUGGCUGUCUGUAUUUAUUCACAAAAACAAGAUGCGAGUCAAUUUGCCGUCCAGUUUCUUUUUAUAAGAGUAAUAGAUUUACAAGUAAAGUAGCGUUGCGAUACCCUGGCUAAUUUGGUAAUUUAUAUAAGGGGCUCACACAAUCAGUUUGAUGCUUUUACACGGUCAUUUUGGUGAACCUUUUUAUAUCAGUCUUUGUUCCUUGCGAUAACUGGGUGUAACGCAUGCAGCGGAUGUUUGAGCUAGUGACUGGUACGCUUUGCUCACUCCCGGUAUUGCGCUAAGUGCUUAUUAAUCUGUUCUGCGAUGUACUUAUUAGUAUGGUUUGUAGUCUGUAGGACUUUUGCCAGUAGCCGCUGUAGGAGUGUGUUUUGUAGGCGUUUAGUUCUCGUUACGGCCCGAGAGCCGGCUGGUGUUCCGCUCCCCGCAGCGGGUUCACUGGCUGCUAGUGGCAGCUUCCAGCGCGCGGCUCGAUUGCCUAUACAGUAUAUAGCUUCUGCUGAGCGAUCAUGAACCGGAUCAUUGCCAGCACAUUAACACUAUGAACACUACUUACCUGUGGCUGUUUAAUGUUCUGCAUCGCCGUGCUAGUUUCCCUAAUUCACCAGCUGUUUGUGUUUUAAGUAUGACAACACUCGUCUUUGAUAACAAACAAACAAGUAACAACCAUAUAUCAUAUGUUUUAAUGUGAGAUAAAAUUGUCUGGUGCCCUCCCUGUGCUGUAUGAUUUAUGUUAAUCAUUUGCAGGAGGUAUGAACUUUUGUUAAACGUUUAUUUCACGAUUUAAGAAACAAACGCACAAGCUCCGAAAUCCGAAAUGUGUGCAGUUUCGUCUAGAUUAAGAUGUUUCCAGAAAGCAACCAAUCUAUUUGUAUUAAUAAGUGUCAAUAUAAGGUCCCAGUGAAGGCCUACAGCGUUCAAUUAUAAAACAUCUGUCCAUUUAACUUUGUUUUCAACGACGUUACCUCGCACUCUGCACGGGAUUAUUAGCAUUUAUAAAUUGUGGUUGCUGGGAAAGUGAUACUUAAUUGAUAUGAUCUCGAUUUUUGGUGGAACUAUAAAACCUUCGUUAACUUAUACUCAAGUUUUUGAAUGGGUUAGGAAGUUUUCAUGCAUGUGUAUAUGUUUAUGGCAUAUAUUGUGCAUGGUGCGAUAGCUCAUGGGGUUUUGUUUAACGCAAAGGGUCAUUUUGACCCUUUGUGUAAAGACUUGCUUUGGUUUAUUGCAGUAGAUACAUACCCACAAUAUUUUUCCCAAUUCUAAUGUUUGUUGUGGUACGAUUUAAAUAUGUUCGCAUUUAUCGUAUUGCCCGAAGAGUAGGCGUCAAAUUAAAACUAAUGAUUAUUUAUUUGCUAAAUGCUGCUGUCAUAACGUUUAACGCCAAAGAUAAUGCACCGUAUCUUUUUGUAACGACUUCCUAAGUCUUGUUUUUAACAUCCCUCUAUUUCGUGGGCCACUCGGGACACUUUGCUUUAUUUUCUGUCAUUCUGUCAUCUUUGUCUAGUCUAAACUUCUAUUAAAAAAAAACUUCGAGAAUUGAUUGUCCAAAUUAAACUUGAUUAUUUUAUUUACCCAUUGCGGUUCCACGUUAAAUCUUUUUUUUUCUUAUUCUAGGCUGCUAUGUUUGUGCUUACGAUGUUCCAUGUCUUAUAUGCUACCCGAUAGAUAAUGUUCCUAUGUUGUGUAAGUUUUGCUUUGUUUUCUAUCAUGUUGCUUUAAGUCGCUGUCUUUCGCCACUAGUGUGGAGUCGCCGGUUUUGUAGGCGCCCUGGUUCGUUUUUGAUGGUAUCUGCAGUGUUUUCUGUAUGGACAGGGCGGUGUUUCACGGGACGCUGCUACCACGCUACUAUCAAAUUGCGCGAGCUGACGUCACACUUGUGGUAGUGUUGGAGCAAUGGGCCUGUUGAUGUUUCCAUGGAAACCCAAUUUGACACGUGUAAAAGCAGCGUGCUGCUAUCACCGGUGAAACAGGGCCCUGGGUGUGUGUCGCUGGCGGACUGGGCCUGCCAGGGGAAAUCACCAGCCGCCGGUACGACCGUCCGUCCGGUCGGUGAGGCUCGAACGGCGUGGAGUACCGCGGAUUGUCCUGUGAGCCUGCCCGCAUUGUGUCGGUCACAGCUACAUUCCAGUGUCAAUACAGAGGAUCACCCAUGCCA